CUUUUCCGUCUAACUGUAGCCGAGCUCUGCGAAGGAUGACAUAAGAGCCAAAGGCAAACCAUAAUUGCUCCAAAAUGGCAGCUUCAGUACACCCAGAUUCGCCCAGUUCUCCAUUGCAUGUCGUUUCCCCACUGAGUAAAUCUUUCCCUCAAAUCCCAAGUCCAAAAAGAAGGCAUCAUUGUGGUCGAGACCGGGGCCACUGGAAUACUGCCAGUCUGACAGGAGAAGAUUGGAGUUCUUAUAGUCUGUCUUCGGCAAAUGGUCACAAUCUGUCCCGAUCACCUUUGGGUACUGCUAGUGGUAUUCCCACCCCAGAUGAUAGCAGUCCAUUCUCGCCCAUUUAUGGGCGCAGUGCAAGCAGAGCUGUUUUGACAAUCUGCACAAAGACUUCUCAGAUUUUGAUGGCCAAUGAUAAAGCCUGCAGACUCUUUGGAUACAGUAGUCCAGAGCUGAUUGGGAUGAGCCUGUCUGUGCUAAUCCCUGCUUCCAGUCACAGGAUUUCUGAGGAGCUACAGGAGGAGCUUACGGAGGGUGAUGGACUUUCGCGGGUACCAGGGGAAGUGGUUGAAGCUGUGCGCUCUGGGGGAGAGGUGAUAAUACUGCGCAUGUGGAUACGAAGAGUUAAGAACCAAUGUCUGCUGUUUUUAGAGAAUAUACAAAGAAUCACUGCUACACUGUCAUUUCAGCAGGAUGGAAGGAUUGUGUCCUGUGAUAACAUAUGUGCACGGUUGUAUGGCUAUAUGGACCCUGAGGAACUUUUAGGGCAGCGCCUAGUUGACUUAUUGCCCUCCAUUCAUUACCCACUUCCUGGGAGAGAGAUGCCACAGAGUGUAAGACAGCAGAGAAUAGUCGGUAUAACACGUGAUGGAGCAACCUUCCCGCUCACUUUAAAUCUACUAGAGAGUUCGUUGGAAGGUGUCCCUGGAGUGGAGGAAUAUUGCGCUAGCCUCCAUGUCCUGUCCUCUAUCAGUGGCCUGAUCACCCUGCGUCCAAAUGGAUCCAUACAUGGACUGAAUGGUAGUUUUUCGGCUGCUCUGUUUGGCUACGACUCAACACAACUUUUAGGGAAGAACAUCACAUUUCUUAUUCCUGGGUUCUUUCACUAUAUGCGGAGUGCAGAGAUGGAGCAUUCACCACUUUUGACUCCUUCUAAAGAAAUGCAGCACAAAACCAGAUCACACGACCUCUCCUGCAAUGAUGUUAUGGCAAAAUAUUUACAGAAUAACUCCAUGAAUACUGGUGAGGAUCAUCCACACAGUGAUUGCUGUGUCGUAUUAACACCUCCGACCCCAUCUGCAAGAACAGCUAUUAGCCAACAGAGGACUACUUACGACUACUGUUCCCCAGCAGCGCAUGCAUGUUGUCUCUCUCCUGGGACCCCCACACAGGACGAACCUUGCGAUGGAGGUUUUGCAAUUAGAAAAUGCACAUUGCAUAUCCUUGGCUCAGGGAUGAAUACAGGAUCAGAUAUAACACUGCUCACCCACUGUCUGAAAACCAUGAGCAUGACUGGAGUUGCUGGUGAAGAAAAGGCUUGUGAUUUAAACAAACCUCCCAGUUCUGCCUCUGCAUCUCUUGCUGUAGAGCAUUGUGACUCCUUGCUAAACUCUGUUCCUCCUUCCACGUCUUCAUGUGCUUCUACCCAGGGCAGAAGCCAGCCUCCAUUUUGUUUAAAUUACUCUUCUCCAAUCACAACGCAGGUUGCACCUUUACCCAACAGUCCUGCACUUAUGACUGUGAACAACCCUCUCAGUAUGGGUCCAGACGCUCCUAUUCCCUCUCAAAGUGACAAUCCCUGUAUAAAUGGAGAUGGUUCAUGUGUUGUUCAGUCAAGUAAGUCCCCUUUUCAGUGCCAUAGUAGUCCACAUCCCCACACACCUCCAUGUAUAGAUGCAGCUAGUAGCUCACCUGCAAACAGACUGUCCACAUCUCCUUCACAAAAUGCAUCUUGCCCUAGUUCUCUAUCUGCAUUAACACUACCUCUAAACACAGCUAAGUGCACAUCGUGUUCUCCUCCAGAAAGCAAAGCCACUGACAUAGAGCCUGUGCCUUCUUCUGGUAAUAUUAGAACAAUGGGCCCCAGUAUAGGCACAGAAUUGGAGUUGCAUGAGAACGGCUGUAGCUUUAUGGACAGAUCCACAUUACAGGAUGAUGAAGCAAAUCUUCCAGAAGAAGCUUUUCCUAAAGUGACCUCCACGCCGGUUAAAGAUGGGCGCAUUUCAGAGUUCGCAUCUUCUACUCUAAGCUGUGCUAGUACUACGGAGCUCCGAGUUCCAACUAUGGGGGAAGAAAUCCGAGAAGGAAUGUAUGCAGGCAGCUGUUACCACAAGGAUGGCUCCAGACUCUACAUCCAGUUUCAGGUACAGAGUGUAACGGUUGGCAGCAUCCCCAUUUUCAAUAUCUGGGUAUCUAAGGAUUUGCUGCAGAGCCAACGUGAAGCGAUUGCCAGAACCCGACUCCUGCUCUCCAGCUUGGCAAGCUCUUCCCAAUCUCUACUGGAACAGUCUGAACGCAGCUUGGGAGAGCUGAUCCGUAGCAGUGCUGAAGAAGGAUACUGCACAGAGAUUCAGGAUUUACAGGCGCAGGGUGCUUGUGACGGAGAGUAUUGCCUGGAAUAUGAAACUCAGUCUCCUCUUGGAAAAGGAGCCUUUGGAUUUGUAUGGUCCGCAAAAAGCAGGGAUGAUGAUGGUACAGAGGUUGUAGUGAAGUUUAUACGCAAGGAUAAAGUGCUUGAUGACUGUUGGGUGCAGGAUCCUGAUCUUGGGAGGGUCACUCGGGAAAUUGCUAUCUUGUCCAGGUUACAACAUCCCAAUAUUAUAGAGGUUCUCAAUGUCUUUGAGAAUGCCCUAUUCUUCCAGCUAGUGAUGGAACUCCACGGGGAUGCUCUGGACCUAUUUGAUUUUAUUGAUAAUCAGCCCAAUCUGGAUGAACCUCUUGCCAGUUAUAUUUUUCGACAGCUGGUGGCAGCAGUGGGAUAUCUUCACAGUAAGAACAUUCUACAUCGUGACAUUAAGGAUGAAAACAUUAUUAUUUCUCCAGACUUCACUAUUAAGUUGGUUGAUUUUGGUUCUGCAGCACAUGUAGAGCCAGGAAAACUAUUUUCUACUUUUUGUGGGACAACUGAAUACUGUGCACCAGAGGUUCUACUUGGAAAUGCAUAUCCAGGCCCUGAGUUGGAGAUGUGGUCUCUUGGUGUGACUCUGUACACUUUAGUUUUUGGGGAAAAUCCCUUUUGUGAGGUAGAAGAGAUCCUGGAAGCAGAACUUAAUCCUCCAUUCCUUGUUUCACCUGAAUUGCAGUAUCUGAUCUCUGCUCUGCUUCAACGAGAUCCGGAGUUACGCAUGACUUUAGAUGAACUACUUAGAGAUCCAUGGGUAAUCCAGCCAGUAAACCUGGCAGAGUAUACCUGGGAAGAGGUUUACCCUCCUGCCAGCUCUCAAAGAAAUGAUGAAACAACUGGGCAAUGCCCAAUAAAUUAUAUCAAUGAAUGGAAUGAGGAACUUGACACACGAACGGAGUGAACUCUAAAGCACUGAAGAUGCACACAAGCAGGCCACUUAUUUUAUUUUCCCAGUAAUACUGGCAGAGAACCACAUCUGGAUUUAAACCUUGCGCAUCUAUAGGCACAAAAAUGUGAGGCCUCCUGCCUCCUCUUUUCUCCCUAAAAAUACCUGUAUUAAAAUGUCUUUAUUAAUGGUAUAUUUAAAACAUAAAUAAAAAAAAUAUUGUUAGGAUGCCCAACCAGUGGAACUCACCCACACUACAUGCUGUACAUGCUUGACACUUCGUACAUACACACACAUAUUACAUGCAACACUCACAUGUCAUCCAAAGGACACAAAAGACCUGGGACCUUUUUUCUCAUGCCAGCACCAGGUAGACCAUGAUUCUCCACAUCCAGAAACGGCAAUCCCUACAAGCAAUGCUAUCUAGUUUUUCCACUUGGGUCACUACACUUCUUAAUAAAUAUUGAAUUUCCAUUUGUCAGUCUCCAAUACUGAGGCCCUACACACUUCCACUUGUUGUGUAUGUGUUCUAAGUAAAGUAGUUUGAAAUGUUCAGUAUUGAUUGUUUAGGACCAAUGUGGGUUUAAAUACACUUCCUAGGUUACAUUUAUAGAUUAGUAACUUUGUUGCAAGGUUUGUUGAUGCUUUCAACCAUUGCUAUUCACAUUUAUAUAUUAUUCAUAACUCAGGGUUUCAAUCUGUGUAUGAACACGUGAU